AUGAUCCUCUCUGUUCUAGGUCAUAUGUUCAGAGAAGAAUACCUGGAAGAAGAUGAGGAACCACCUUUGCUGCUCAGCUCUUGUCCUUCUCACGGUGUUUUGCUCUGGAGGGACUGUAGCCGUGCAGUGUCCCUGGGGGGAGGGGUGUGUGUGUCUGCGGUGCCCCAGUGCCCAGGAGCCAAUCAAGGCUUGCGGGCAGGUCAAGGGACCAGGCGAGGUGGUGCAAUGUCAGUCUUGUCCAGCGGGCACGUUUUCAGACGGCUAUGACUCUGAUCAAUGUCGCCCACACUCCUCCUGCGGGGUCCUCAACAAAAUGGUUGUGACCUCUGGUACAUCACACUCUGAUGCUGUCUGCGGAGACUGCCUAUCUGGGUUCCACCCCACUGCUGGGAGGACAGCCUCCACCCUGGUCUGUGUGAGAGCUCCCCCUUAUCUCUCCACAGCCCCCCCGGCCCAGUCUACCCACGUGCGUGCGGUGCGUACGGUAGGUAAGGGUUUGGCGGGAAGUGGCGGCCUGUCGGUGAACGGUACGGCAGUACGGAGCCCGGAGGAGAAGAGUACAGAGUAUGCCGUGUUCGUCCUGGUGCCAAUCUUCUGUGUGAUGGGACUCCUGGGGAUCCUCAUCUGUAAUAUCCUCAAGAAGAAAGGAUACCACUGUACUGCUGAGAAGGAGGGAGGAGACGAGGAGAAUGCCACACCACAGAAAGAGGGUAACGGUUGUCCCUACAUCGUAGAUGACCCUAAUGAAGACACCAUCAGUGUUCUGGUACGCCUCAUCACAGAGAAGAAAGAGAAUGCUGCUGCCCUGGAGGAGCUGCUAUUGGAGUACGAGAGUAAACAGAUGGACAUCAGCAAAGCCUCCUCAAUCAAGUUUCCGGUGCUGUCUCCUCUGACUCAGUUCCUCUCCCUGCCCAGACUGUGUCCUCACCAGUCUCACCUCCAUACCAUCUCUGGUCUGUCUGGCCUGUCUGGCCCCCGACACGGCUACUGCUGCUCCCGCUGUGCCCAGAAGAAAUGGCCCCCCAUCCUCCUCGGCCCCCUCAAACCCCCACAGUCCCUCCUGUUACCCCCUCUGGACCUCCAGAAGACCCCUCUCCUGCCCCCCGUGGACACACACCACUCCCCCCCUAAGAUCUCCCAGACCCCCAUCCCUGGGUCAGAGUCACUCCCUGGGGGGGAGUGGAGGAUGCCUGGGGAGGUGACCCGGUCUGUUGGGAGGUGAGGAUGGAAACACACACACACACACAAACACACAUUCUAUACACACAUGCACCGUGUGCCAAUCUUCUGUUUGAUUGACAGGUUUCAGGUGGCUCAGAUUCAGGAGCAGAGGCCUGGUUCCAUGGGGAUGACGUUCCGACCAGAGUCUAGUGACUCAGACUCAGUGGAAGACGCAUCUCUGCUGGUGGGGAACAAGUCAUCCUCGUCUUCUUCCUCCUCAGCUGCCAGGGGUACACAGGAGGUGCCGGUCACUUCCUUUUCUCUUUCUCCUCUCAUUGUAUUUUCACCACCUCUCUUCUUCUUCUCUCCAGUCCACUGAACAUUCUGAUUCUUGGAGUGUCGUUGACUUCUCCCAGGAGUCCCUGGAAAGCACACACACACACACACACACACACACAGGAAGGCAUAUUCUUCUAGUGACUGCUGAAUUAUGAAAUAGUAACACGUUGCCUGUCAUUGUGGUGUCGGGGGAAGAACUCCCUCCACCACACACACACACCCUCCCUAGUUAGUCAUCAGUGACAAAAACACACACAUCUAGCUCAGCACAUUUAAGCGUGAGACAUACAUAAAUCACGGUUCAUUCAUGGUUUGUCAAUGCUGACAGUUAGUGAGGAAGCUACUGACCCCUAGUGGGGAUAUUGGGAACACACACACACACACCACCUCUCAAGUCCCAUUCCUGUGAGACAACAUCCUGUGAGUCAAUGGUCAACCAUUGUAAUAAUCUCUCUCUCUCUCUCUCUCUCAGGUUAACAGCUAAACAUUUGCAGUGGUGAAUGCUGGGUAAAAAAUAACUCUACCUCGCUGAGCGAAGGAUGCGAUGGGAUUCCAAAACGGUGACCAGAGAGGUUGAUUUUCCUCUUUGUUGGGAUUUGGGAAGUUAGCCUGGGUGCUUGUUGGGAACUUAGCCUGGAUGCCAGACACAGGGAAACACUCAUAUUUAUAACACAAUCAACUUGUAUUUUAUCCUAUUGUUGAGCAAUAAUCCUCUGUCUUUAGUGGCAGGGAGGAGAAGAGAGAAGGAACAAACUAUUCAUUAACCCAGGCGUGUGGUUGUGCUUCCAUAAGACUCUGGACAGGUUGGAGGACCUUAACACUGUCUGCACUUGAUACUGCAAUACACACACACACACACAUACACGGUAGGUCUACAUUCACACACACACACAUACACGGUAGGUCUACAUUCACACACACACACGGUAGGUCUACAUUCACUCACACACACACACACACACACACACACACGGUAGGUCUACAUUCACACACACACCCACACACACGGUAGGUCUACAUUCACACAAACACACACACAAUAACAAAUAUUAUAGAAAACAACUCACAUGUUUUGUCUAGAUAAAACUUUGAAUAAUUAUUAUAACAGACUUAGCUAUUUAAACGAUUUAGCUCGUCUUAUGUUUGAAGCGCUGAUUAGCGGAAGUUUUAGGCCUUCUGAAGUUUUAGGUCUUCUUGAUCAUGUUGAAUGUAGUCUUAUCUAGCAAAUACUUGGGGGUUGAGCUCCAACAUUGAGAGAGAGAGACAUAAUGAUAUAUAAGCAACAUGAACUACGUGUUGUACUCUUCAGCUCUUAUAGAUGGCAUUUAAAGUGGAACUGACAGCAUUUUAGCAACAUGAAAUCUAAUUCAAAUCAGUUCAUAUACACCACCAGGAAGAAUGUGACGCUUUAAAAAAAGAUACAAACCUAUCAAGCGAACGCUUAGAUAUGAUCAUUUUCAUGUUUUCAUAAAUUCUUAAAAUGUUUGGUAAUUACAUACAGUAAGGCAUUUGUAAAAAAAAAAUCUAUAGCAAUAUAGAGAGUUGAAAACGGUUUGGACAAUUCAUAGACACUGCAGGAAAUAAAACCUAAUUAAAACAUCUGUCUCAUCCAGGACCGGAGUCUACACAGACCGGUGCACCAUAGAACUACAGUAGGACUUUAUGCAAACAAGCCAUUUGCCACACAGACCUGCCAUCAUUCACUUUGACCUGAACUGUGUGUUUACAGGAAGUUACAACAGAGCGACUUUAGAUCAAUAGAACAAAAAGCCACAAAAUACACCUGAAUGGAUUUCUACAAAUAUGUCAAUACCACAGGAGUCCUCUUACAUUUGGGAACUUUACAGUCCUAAUGAUCAAACAACCAUAAAAAGGCAGACUCUCUUUCCCUAUAUAAAUAUGCACAUCAACAACAAGAUCAAUAGCUAAUGCUAGCCAGUGCAAGGUCAGCUACAAUCUAACGAAGGAACAUUAGAUAACCCCUCUCAAGCUUUUUCAUCUAGUUGACCGUCAAAAUUGCACUGAGAAACGAUGGGGAAUAGUAAGUAGCCUGCUCGUCCUUCUGCAGCUUGCCUGCCAGUGCAUUCUUGUCCCGACUAAGCACCCAAGCUAACUGGCUAAAGUGGGCUAGCUAGCUACUUCCAGAGACAAAUGAGAGAACACCUUACUCUGACCAUUUUUACUCGCCCUAGCAGAGCUGGUUGCUAGGCUGUUUGUUUACAUGAUAUCUGGAGCGUUCGUAACUAAGUAUUACUUUUUUUUACUGACACUGCAUAUAUUCAGCCGGUGUUGUGCGUUCAUAAAUGAAUCAGCUAUUCUGUGCUCUGGCACACUCAGACAAGAGGGCUCUGAAAUCAGAGGAGAUAGCCAGAGUGAAUUAGCGAACGAAAGAGAUAUGCUAACUGGAUAAUACGUCGCUCAAGUUCAUGAUAGCUAGCUAGAAAAGCGAUUCACAUUCUUGCUAGCUAACUAAAUGCCACCUCCAUCUCUAGCUGUGUAGCCACCGAAAACAAUAUGAGGGGCAAACGUCACUCUUACUCACCCGCUCCUCCAAUGACAUAACAUCCUCCUAGCAACUAGCUAGCAUCAGGCUCCGUGUUUUUAGCUUGCUACAUCAAUAGAUACGCUAGCCUAUUAGCCACGUUAUGACUGACUUGUGAUCAUUGCCGUUGCUAGUGUGAUUGUAUUGACAUUCCCAGUUAGUUAGUUACAAUCAUCCAUUUUUUAAACUGAAGGCAGCAAACAAUGUACCAAGAAAUGCAUUAGUGAAUUAUAUUAAUCGUGCAUUGAAAUGCAUCCAUCUAUUCUGCCAACAAUGCCUUAGUGUACGUCAUGGAACGCUGAGUCAAAUAGAACCUAUUUUUAAAACCUCUUAUCAAGUUGGUUUUGUAGCAUAAACUGGGAAUUUGAUAUUUUUUACUGAUAUUAUGAUUGCCUGUUUGUUUCAUAUCUACAAAGUAGUUAAAACGCUGUCAGUUCCACUUUAGCUUAAUUUAGCUUCUGAUGAAAGUUGAAUGUGUAGUACUGAGCUGUAAAUGGCUGUAUAUAUUUACAUACGGCUGUGUAAAUUGAUGUAUAUAUCUACAUACGGCUGUGUAAAUGGAUGUAUAUAUCUACAUACGGCUGUGUAAAUGGCUGUAUACUGUAUAUGUACAUAAUAGGGCUGUGAAUAGACAAGGUGAAUUGCCCUGUUUUUAUUGAAGCUCUUAGAUGUGUACGGAGGAUGGUCGUGACCUGGAAAGGAAAGGGACAGGGUCAGAGUCAGGGACAGGGUCAGAGUCAGGGACAGGGACAGAGUCAGGGACAGGGUCAGAGUCAGGGACAGGGUCAGAGUCAGGGACAGGGUCAGAGUCAGGGACAGGGUCAGGGAAAGGGUCAGAGUCAGGGACAGGGACAGGGAAAGGGAAAGGGUCAGGGACAGUGUCAGGAUGUGGGUUUGCCAGUCAUUUUCAGUGCCUCUUUUGACACACUUAAAUCAGUCCCAGACAUUUUGGGGGAGGUGUGCUUUGUCCUGUGACUUCCUCUCUCCUGGCGUGUCACAGAUCUAGGAUCAGUUGACCCUCCCAGCUACACUGACCAUUGAUCAGUGGCAUCCUACUCCAUGUGGCAUUUAUCUCAAACCAUGACCUCACUUCCUGCCUUGUGACGAUUGCCUAGCAACAGACAAAGGCUAAGUUAGUAGAAUAAUCAACUCGGCUCUUUUGCCCCCACAGAUAAAGCACUACAGAUACACUAUUCAGAGUUCUCAUUCAAGUGUUGUUACUUAUUGUUACACACACACACCUGCGCACACACACACACACACACACACACACACACACACCUGCACACACACACAUAAACACACACGUUCCUGCUCCUCCAAGGAGAGCAUGCAGACAGACCCUAUCAUCUCUGGGUCAUCUGGGUAAAUGCUGUAUUCACAGUCCUCCUAAAGGGAACUAACUACAUUACCACAGGAAUACAAAAUCAUGACUGACCAUCUCAAUCUUAUUCCUUCAGCUGCAUUUCAAGUGUUUUCUACUUCUGUUUUUUUUUAGUUAUUUAAAUAUAUUUUUUUGAUUAGUGUCUGACAUAGCUGCUUGACCGUGGAAACACAGUUUGGGUUUUGCAGUUUACAUUUUAUAAAGGGUGGAUAAUAAUGAUGAUUAUGAUUAAUUUGAACUAUUAUUUUAUAUACUGUAUGUUGCUGUUUUUGCGGUUCAGAACCAUUGUCUGGAUUUGAUUAUUUUUAUGGGUUGAACAUGUCCCUGUUUUUAUCUGGUCUGUUUCAUUAUGACACGUUAUAAACUGAAGUGUUGCAGAAAAGAAAGGAAAACAACUCGUCUUCUCUACGUUGUAGAUUGUAUUUAUUAUGAUAUUACAUUUUUCUGUAUGAUAUUUUUACUCUUGAAAUAAAGGAGAGGUUUAUUUUGA